CCCACAGUACAGAAAGGCCAGAUAGCUGGGAAGAAACAGGAACAAGACACCAACCAUGAACUCCAGCCAGUCUGGGGGUUGCCCAUGCCAGAGCUCUGCAGGCCGCCCAGCUAUUCUGUAUGCACUUCUGAGCCCCAGCCUCAGGUCCAGGCCCAUUGCACCGGCGUCUCGCAGCCACUGUCUGUGCCAGCAGCACCGGCCUGUUCAUCUGUGUGCUCCACACCGCACCUGCCGGGAGGCUCUGGAUGUCCUAGCCAAGACAGUGGCAUUCCUCCGGAACCUGCCGUCCUUCUGCCACCUGCCCCACGAGGACCAGCGGCGGCUGCUGGGGGGCUGCUGGGGCCCUCUCUUCCUGCUUGGGUUGGCCCAAGAUACUGUGACCUUUGAGGUGGCUGAGGCUCCGGUGCCCAGUAUACUUAAACAAAUCCUACUGGAGGAACCCAGCAGCAGUACCCAGGGUACCCAGCAACCAGACCGGCCACAACCCUCACUAGCUGCUGUGCGGUGGCUCCAGCGUUGUCUGGAGUCUUUCUGGAGCCUUGAACUGGGUCCCAAGGAGUAUGCCUACUUGAAAGGAACCAUUCUCUUCAAUCCAGAUGUGCCAGGCCUCCAUGCCUCCUGCCACAUCGCCCAGCUGCAACAGGAGGCUCACUGGGCCUUGUGCGAAGUCCUAGAGCCCUGGUACCCAGUUAGCCAAGGCCGCCUGGCCCGAAUCCUCCUCAUGGCCUCCACUCUCAAGAACAUCCCCUGCAGCCUGCUGACGGACCUCUUUUUCCGCCCUAUCAUCGGAGAUGUUGACAUCACUGAACUGCUAGAAGACAUGCUUUUGCUGCGGUGACCUGCCGAGUGGGGUCCGGAGCUUCCAAAGGGGAGGAGCUCAACUCCCCAGGAGUGCCCUCAUUCCAGCCAUAGCCCCAGUUUGGACUUCCUUGGCUUGGACGCCAUGUGCUACUAACUGCCUAAUAGGCCCUUGGAGGCCCCCAAAGCCUCUGGGCCAGGGCCAGGGAUGGGAGCAUGAAUGAGGCUGUAUACAUCAAGCCAGAAUUCCUCCUGACUUUGUAUAGAACUAAACUAAGUUAUUGAUUUUUGUAAUAAAAGGUAUGACCAGCUGA